AUGUUUAUUGCGCGAUCUGAAUAUGACCGAGGAAUCAACACCUUCUCCCCCGAAGGGCGUUUGUUCCAGGUCGAAUACUCGCUUGAAGCUAUCAAGCUCGGUUCCACGGCAAUCGGAGUAGCGACAAACGAAGGUGUUGUUCUCGGUGUCGAAAAGCGUGUCACCUCCACGCUCCUAGAAACGUCAUCGGUCGAAAAGAUCGUCGAGAUUGACCAACACAUUGGCUGUGCCAUGUCCGGUUUGCAGGCAGAUGCGAGAUCGAUGAUUGAACACGCUCGGGUCGAGUGCCAAAACCACGCCUUCCACUUUGCCGAGUCGCUCCGCGUUGAAAGCUGUACACAAGCCAUUUGCGAUCUAGCUCUGAGAUUUGGCGAGGGUGCGGAUGGAGAAGAGAGCGUCAUGAGCCGGCCUUUUGGUGUUGCGCUGCUUAUUGCAGGCUACGAUGAGGAUGGGCCACAGCUAUAUCACGCUGAGCCAUCCGGUACAUUCUAUCGAUAUGACGCCAAGGCCAUCGGCUCCGGCAGCGAGGGAGCCCAGGCUGAGCUGCAGAACGAGUACCAUCGAUCGCUUUCCCUUGCCGAGGCCGAAACUCUUGUUUUGAAGACACUGAAGCAGGUGAUGGAGGAGAAGCUGGACGCCAAGAACGUCCAGUUGUCCAGCGUGACUAAAGAGAAGGGCUUCCGGAUCUACGACGAAGAGGAGAUGGGUCGUGCGGUCGGUCAGUUGAACGGGAAUUAG